ACAACAACAAAGAUGGCGGAGCCAACCGUUCGGGUCUCCGGGAUCGUUUUCUCCUCUCUGAUGUUCCAGCACGUGAACACGGACUCAGACGCGGAGGGUCUGAUCCUGGGGGAGAGCCGGUUCGAGGAGCAGAUCACCAUCAGUGACUCUCAGGCCGAUAACAUCCACAUCGACGAGACCUACAACGUACAGAAGCACAUCGCCUGCCACAAACUGCACCAUUUCUACAGCAGUGCAGGAGAGGUGAACACAGACGCUGUGAAGAAGCUGCUGGCCGACAAUAAGCAGGAGAGCGUGAUCGGCUGGUACCGGCAGCGCAGGAACUCGGAGCAGCAGAUGAGCUUCAGGGAGCGGAUCGUCCACGAGUCCCUGAAGGCAUCGCUAAGGAACCCCCACCUGGUCCUCCUGCUGCUGACCCCCUGCAGAGCUUCCAGGACUGCAGCCACCCACCGGACCGAGUACAGCGCCCACAUCUCCCGCAACAGUGUGUUCCUGAGCGUUCCUGUCCUCCUCAAUAACCUGGGUCUGCAGGAGCAGCUCAGCUACUGGAAGCUUCCUGCAGGAUGUUCUGCAGAGCGCUACAGCGCCACCAUCAGGAGACACAGCUCCAGCUUCUUCUCCUCUGACGGGCUGCUGCGGGACGUCAACGACGUGAACGCCAUGAACGAGUCUCUGCAGGAGGAGCUGCAGAAGGCGUGCAGCGAGGUGGAGGAGAGCGAGCGGCAGCUGGAGACUCUGCAGUCCGAAGUGUCAGCGCUGAGGAAGAGGAGCAGAGAGAGGAGGAAGAGGAGUGAAGCUGCAGGAACAAGAGGCGAGGAAGAGGACGACCAGAGGAAGAACCUUCGUCUCCAGGAGGCCGUCAGCGCUCUGUUCAGACGCUCGCCGCACUUCCUCACACACACUCUGACGCUGCAGGCGUUUCCUGUCCCGGAAGGCACCAUCAGCGGCGAGGAAGAGGAGGAGGAGGACGUCUGCCCAGUGUCGGUAUGUGAGGAGGACACUCAGGAGAACACCCCCCCACUGCACACACUCUCCCGGAAGAGGCCGAGAGAGACGGCGGGGAGCAGCGAGAGGAAACGCAGUAAAAGUAAAUCCUGAUGUGAGGUCAGAGGGUCUCCUCUCAACCCUUCAUUUCUGUGAUAAAUGUUUGGAUAUAUUUUGGGAAUCGUUUACAUUUGAUAAAGUCUUCUUUUUUUAAAAAGAUCUGUUCCAGUCUUUAAUUUAUUCAAAUGCAGAAGUGAAGUUAUAAAUGAAUCUGCUUAAUAUAUAAUAACAAAUAAAACACUAAAUAAAUAUAAAUCAGAUAAUAAUAAUAAUAAAGAUAAACUAGUUUUUACCCAAAUUUGGUUUCUGAAAUAUGUUGGGUUAUUUCCUCUGGACCUUUAGAGAUCAAAUCAGAAGAAUCCAGAAGAAAAUGUGAAGAAAUUAGAGAAAAAUAAAGAACAUUUAGCAGAUUCUAGAUUUUCAAUAAUCCUCUUUAAUGACAGACUGAUAAUAAAAAACACAGUAUUUCUCCACCUGUCCGACAGGCUUCAAUAAACACAUUCAAUAAACGG